AUGUCACUACCCGAUCCGUACCGGAAACCCGAUCGGUACCCCGCAUGCGCGAAAGGUGUCUACUUCCGGUUGAAGCGUUUUACGAUAGUUACGGCAAGCUCCUCCAGCUGUAGUCAUGUUUAUGUGAACCAUCUGACGCAUGAGGGGGAGUCUGCCUGCUACCUGGCAGCGCAGCGUGGACACCUGGAGGUGGUCCGACUGCUCCUCAAAGCACACGCUGAUAUCAACCAGCUCACUAAUGACUUGUCCUGUCCUCUUUAUGAAGCUGUUAGCCACGGGCACACAGAUGUUGUAGAACUGCUGGUAAGCAAAGGUGCUGAGGUCAACAGAAUACACACAGAGUCCAGCUGGACCUGCCUGCACCAAGCUGCAUAUAAGGGCCACACUGAGAUCGUGCGCAUUCUUGUCAACAAAUGCAACCUGGAGGCAGUAGAUGAUCACAGGAUUUCCCUGUUAUUUGUGGCUGCAGCGUACGGACAGAGGGGGUGCCUGGAAAUACUCGUUAACGCCGGUGCCAACGUGAACACGCAGGCAGUUGAUCUGAGUACACCUCUGUUCAUCGCCUCUCAGGAAGGACACCAGGCCUGCGUGGACUUCCUGUUGGACCACGGGGCUGACCCUAACAUGGUCUGCAGUCACGAUUGGCCCCAGUUUGCCAUUCACGCUGCAGCCCAGUUUGGUCAAAUCGGAAUCCUCAGGAGCCUCAUAGCUGGUACGGAUCGUGCGUGCGACCGCGGCGAGAGCAUGGUGAGUCCCCUGGACCCCCCUCCCAACUCACUCCAGAAUAUGGACUCAGCAGACCAAGACCCAAUCCAGCGAGCCCUCGCGUCACAGGAGCCGCUGCUGGUCCGCCACGAGGCAAUGCUCUCACACCUGCUAGGCCAGAUUGCGUCUCUAACCCAGGCAGUGGCUCGGCUUACACUGCUGGAGGGAACACCCUCGGUGGCUCACCCCGCCCUGCAAGGAGCCGAAGCCCCAGCUGUGGAGCCGGCUGCAGCUGAGGUAACAGCCCCUUCUCUGGGAUCCGGCGCUGAAGAAGCAGCUCAUCGGUUGCUGAACCUGAAGCAGGGGAAGCGGAGUAUGGCAGACUACUCCAUUGACUUUCAGAUUCUGGCUGAAGAGACUGGCUGGGAUGGCCGCCUGCGUGCACGAUGGAGUUCCCAGUGUUACAACCUUCAUGAGCCUUCGGGGCAGCCCAGAGGAGCCCAGGCAGAGCUCCGUGAGCAAAGGGAGGAGUUGGAUCAAGAGGAACCCAUGCAAUUGGGGCACUCCCGGGUCAAUUCCACUGAGCGCCAUCGCCGUUUGGUUUCUGCUUUUGAACCACCAGAUCUCUCCUCUGUGCCGCCAGUUUAUCAUGACUUGGCCGAGUUUGAUAUUAAAAUCUCUUUCAGUGAGUCGGUGAAACUGCUGAUAGCUGCAGGAGCAAGGUUGAAUGAGGAAGAUUGGAUUUAUGCUUUGGCCACUGACGAAGCAGACCUGCUGCAGCUGAUAUUUGAGCACCGGUGGAUACCUCGUCCAGAGGCUGUGACCAGCGACGAAUGUGUACUGCAGCAUGAUGGGAAAACUGAGCUGAAGCUGAGAGAACUGAACGAGAUGCUCUGUGUGGCUCUAAACCAAGUACAUUUUGCUGGCUGCUGGCUUCCUCUUCUCCUGAAGGCAGGACUGGAACCAUCUUUACUGCUUCAGCCCCACAUGUUAGAAGAGGCAGACAGCCAGGUGUUAAAUUACCUCCUUCAGUUUGUAAACUGGUCGACUUUAUUUCCCCAUUUGAAACAUAUUCUGGAUCGAAGGGUGGCAGAAAAGUCCUGGGAUCCACAUCCAUGUUUUGGUAGAAACAGAGAGGACCUGAUGAGGACCAAUGUCGUCCAACAGUUUCCUGUCCCCAACCGGCUUCAUGAUUUUCUUAAAUUCAGGGACAUCCCAGAAGCUUCAUACACACACGUGCCACCAUUACCAAUUUCACAGCGAAUCUGGGGGAUGUUGCUGUUGGAGAAGUUGUGA